AUGGCGUAUUACUCACGUAGAUCAGCCGGUUCAUCUUCACCUCCGCCACUAAUAGACAAACUUCGUCUAUACCAUGUCGAUAUGAAUCCAUAUGGCCACCGAGUUCUUUUAAUAUUGGAAGCGAAAAAGGCAAAAUAUGAAGUUUACAAGCUGGACCCACUACACUUGCCUGAAUGGUUUCGAGUAAAAAAUCCAAGACUAAAAAUUCCAGUGCUGGAAAUACCAACAGACCAAGGUGACAAAUAUUUAUUCGAGAGUGUAGUUAUAUGUGACUACUUGGACGAGAAAUACGGACGGAACCAUCUACACUCCAGAGAUCCGUACGUGAAGGCGCAGGAUAGAUUGCUUAUAGAAAGGUUUAAUGAGUUAAUAAAAGGCAGCUUAGAGUGUUUCGACACAAACUUCGCGUUCGGCAGCGAGCAAAUUGUUCAGACUUUGGAUAUCUUUGAAAAGGAGCUGGCUUUAAGAGGUACAAAUUACUUCGGUGGUGACAAACCAGGUAUGCUCGAUUAUAUGAUAUGGCCGUGGGUAGAAAGGCUGUACCUUUUGCGAUGCGUCAGUGAAAGAAAGUUUGAUGAGAAGAAAACUUUAUUCCCUAAUUUUGCGGACUGGGGAGAUCAGAUGCAAUUAGAUGAUGUUGUAAAAAAACACUCGCACUCACCUUCAGAAUAUUUUGAUUAUUACAAGAACGCCAGAACACAUACUAUGGGAUAUUAUCUG